AUUUGGCCACGCCGCGGUCACACUGACUUUUUAAUCAGGAGUUGCAUAAAAUUUCGUAUUUCAGACUAUAAUUUUUAGUAAACAACAAUCACAGCUUUAAUUGCACACUAUGCUUAACAAGGCAACAUUAAUUGGAGCUAUCGUGCGUCGCUCGUUUGGGUUCUCGCCGAUUAUGCGCCAGACGAUCAAGAACCAUGAGCCCAACAACCUGGAAAGACGUAUGCUGGUGUGGACCGGUAAAUAUAAAUCGCAGAGCGAAGUACCAAAUUUUGUGAGCCAGGAUGAGAUGGAGCGCUGCCGGAACAAAAUGCGUAUCCGACUGGCCAACAUCAUGAUCGCUCUCACCGCCGUCGGUUGCGCUAUUAUGGUCUACAGCGGCAAGCAGGCGGCUACGGGGGAAUCCGUGUCGCAGAUGAAUCUCGAGUGGCACAAGCAGUUCAAGGAACCCCAAGCUGGCGCGGGCGCUACUUCCAGCUCCAAGUAGGCACCUGCUUUCAAAACACAUCACCGUCUUAACAUGAACACUUAACCACGAGAACAUAACAAUUAGUCUGGUUUGCUUUAGUAUCGGUUUGUGUUAGAAAACGGUUUGGUUAAGCAUGUAUUCAUGCCACAUCCUUGAUCGAUUUUUAGUGAUAUGUAUAGACUCAAAGUUAGUUUCGAUUGUAUUAGCAAAAGAAAUAAAUGUUUUUAAAGUACUGUA